AUGGGUAAGAGACAAUCAAAAUCAAGUCUAUCGGCAGUUCCAAAUGGUGCAGAAGAUCGUCCACCUGUCGAUCUCCAACGCAAGAGAAAUGUCCUUCUAAUCUGGUUAGACAAGAAUGUUGACGAGAACAACGACGAUUGUCAAAAUACAAUCACAAAACUGCGACGUACUAUGAAUGACACCAAUAUAUUUACAGAUGUUGAUCAAUGCUUUAAAUUCAUUCAAACUGUCGUCGAUACUAAGGUAUGCAUGAUAGUAUCCGGAUCACUUGGACAAAAUAUUAUGCCUCGUGUACACAAUAUGUCUCAAAUUGAUUCGAUUUUUAUUUUUUGUGACAAUCAAAAACUUCAUGAACAAUGGGUUAAAGAUUGGCCCAAAAUAAGAGGUAUCUUUACAGAUAUUACACUCAUCUGUGAAGCACUCAGGGAGGCUGCGCAUCAAUGUGAACAAAAUGCCAUUCCCAUGAGUUUCAUCGGAUCAAAUAAAAGGUUAGAUCAAUUAGAUCCUUCUUUUAUGUACACACAAAUCAUCAAAGAAACUAUAUUAACCAUUCAAUUCAAACAAAAGCCCAUGCAAUAUUAUUUUGAUUACUGUAACGAUAUUUUUGAAGGUAUUACAAAAGAAAUUGAAGAUAUUAAACAAUUAGAAGAUGAAUACCACAAUAAAACACCUAUUUGUUGGUACGCCUGUCAACUGUUCCUGUUUCCUAUGCUCAAUCGUGCAUUACGAGUGAUGGAUGCUGAUAUCAUCGCACGUAUGAGUUUCUUUAUUAGUGAUCUUCAUCGACAAAUUGAACAACUUCAUCAAAAACAAUAUGCUGGUACAACUGCUACAGACACUUUCACCGUUUAUCGUGGUCAAGGUUUAUCUAUGGAGGAUUUUGAACAAAUGAUGAAAAUCAAAGGUGGUCUUAUUUCAUUCAAUAGCUUCUUAUCUACUAAUAAAGAUCGCAACAUAUCACAUGAUUUUGUUCAACGUGCUAUAGCAAAUCCAGAUCAAGUGGGCGUCCUAUUUAUUAUGAAAAUUAAUCCUGCUCACUCAACUACAUCAUUUGCUUCCAUUGCUGGUAUUAGUGACUUCGAAGGAGAAGAGGAAGUCUUAUUUUCGAUGCAUAGCGUGUUUCGUAUCCAGAAUAUUGAACAGAUUGGUGAAAAUAAUCGUUUAUAUGAAGUCAACUUGGUACUGACUGCUGACUACGAUUCAGAGUUGAAUAGACUUAAUGAUUACAUUCGACAAGAGAGUUAUCCAAACAGUGUAGAAUGGUACAGAUUGGGUUUAGUAUUAAGUGAAAUGGGUCAAUUUGACAAAGCUGAAGAUAUUUAUCAAGAUUUACUUCGUCCAAUAAAAGAAGAUAAAGAUAAGACACCUUUAUAUUAUCAACUUGGUUUGAUCAAAUAUAAGCAAGAAAAAUACAAAGAAGCACUUACAUUCUAUGAAAAAUCAUUUGCUAUCUAUCAGAAAUAUCUCCCUCCCAAUCAUUCUGAUUUGUCUCAUUCUUAUCACAACAUUGGUUUAGUGCAUAGAAACAUGGGCAAUUAUUCAAAAGCACUUUCAUUACAUGAAAAAGCCCUUAAAAUUCGACAACAAUCACUUCCUUCCAAUCAUCCUGAUGUGGCUGCUUCCUGCAACAGCAUUGGUUCGGUGUAUGAGAGAAUGGGUAAUUACUCAAAAGCGCGUACAUUUUAUGAACAAGCUGUACAAAUUGCACAAAAAACAUUACCUUCAAAUCAUCCGGACCUUCAAAAAUGGAAAAAUAACCUCGAGCGUAUAAAGAAUAGAUAA